UAUGACUCGAUACAUUUGGCAUGUACCCCGUGUGAAAAGAAUACACUCUAUUUACUCGGUAUUAAGAUAUCUUUUCAUUUUCAAAAUUUACACUGCUUCUGCGAAAUUUCUUCUGUUCAAAAUUACAGGGAUCUGUUUAGCAACUUGAAAUCGUUGGAAGUAUUAGAUUUGUCACAUAAUCGAUUGCAAGAAAUUGAAGAUACUAGUUUUAAUUCCCUGAAGAAUUUAAAGAUCGCUGAUUUAUCCUAUAAUCAACUUACAUUGUCAUCUUCGAUCAAAAAUGAAUACGGAAAUAAAUCACCUUUUCACAAUUGCACUUCUCUCAGUAUAUUGAGUUUGAGCAAAAACAAUAUAUCACACAUAUUCGAAGAUUGGGUUAAGGACCACACACAGCUGCGUAUACUGGACCUGAGCUACAACGAAAUAUCUCACAUAUCAGCUGAAGAUCUACAAUUUGUAUCGGACAACAUUACAGUAUAUCUCCAACAUAAUAAAAUACAGCAUAUUUAUAUGACUCGGGCAGAAGAAAUAGCGAAAUAUCAAAAUAAAGCACGUGCCGUAAACAUAUUCGUUGGCAGCAAUCCUAUAAUAUGUGACUGCAAUCUAUAUGAUUUUGUCCGCUACUUGGAAGGAAAAAUGCAUCCUUACGUUCGAAAUUACUUCAUUAUAAACCCAGGAUAUGAUUCAAUUUGUCAUGGACCGGAACAGAUGUAUAAUGUGUCUGUGCAUACUUCAAAAUCAAAGUCUUCCAAAUAUCUAAACUCGAAAUCACAUGUAAAACAGUGCCUUUGUAGAGAGAAUGAAAUGGACGGAAUAUUUGUAGUUGACUGUGCCUCUAAAGAUUUAGCAUUAUCACAUAAAAAAUUAUUGAUACCAGAUCUGAUGCCGUGUCACAAGCAACAACGGUCAACCUUUGACAUGUUUAAUUACUUAUUCAAGCAGAAGUGCGAUCUAUCAAUGAACUGGAGCCUAGGACACUACGCGAGCCCAACUGGCAGACAGGAAGUGAAAAAGUUACUGUUUAAACCGUUUGGUAAUUUGAGCACCAUCCUAACCAGGAAUCAUUUGAAAGGUUUCCCACAUUUGCAGCAGAUAAUUCUAUCAAGCAAUGGUAUAACGCACCUUAGUAGUGACAUUUUCGCGGAUGUAUCUCACCUUGUUGUUCUCGAUUUACGGAAUAACAAUGUACGAUUAGCUCCAAGGAUUUUUAAUAACACUCCAACACUCAAAGUGUUAGAAUUGAGUAACAACUCAAUUAAUGAAAUUGAAUCCGGUACAUUCGAUCUUCUUACGAAGCUGCAGACGUUGAACUUUUCAUUGAAUAACUUGACGCAGCUUAAGUCCGGUAUAUUCGACAAACUCGUUUCUUUAACAUCUUUAGACCUGAGUUCCAACAAUUUAAACUCUUUGCCAGAAAACAUUUUCGCAAAGAUAGAAAAUAUGGAAGUGCUGAAAUUAGAUAACAACAGCUUCAACUCAUUACCGACACAUUUACUGAAGCAGAACGCUAAACUGAAACGUAUAACCUUAUGCAAUAAUAGAAAUAAUAUGACUCUACCAGAGACAUUUUUCGGAAAUCUAGCGCAACUUAAAGAGCUAAAAUUAGAAUAUAACGGUUGGAUCAUGUUGCCGAAAAAUAUAUUUUGGAGUCUUAGAUCAUUAGAAAAUAUCAGUUUGGGGAGAAAUGAUUUGCUGUCACUAGAUGAAAGUGUUUUUUACAAAUUACGCCAUUUGUUGGAGCUGGAUCUCAGUUACAAUAAACUGACUACGCUACCAGAUGAAAUUUUCUCCCGAACGUACGAAUUGAUACACCUAAAUUUGGCAGGGAACCGCAUCACUUCUAUCAACGGAACCCUGUUUGAAAACUUAAAAUCAUUGAGAGUUUUAAAUAUGGAACGGAAUCAGUUACAAGUAUUUGAAGAUGUAAUUUUUAUUCUUCGCACGUUGUCGCCGGUAACAAGUUUCGAAGGAGAGGAAAUAUUUCCAAACCGCACUUUUGACGAAGCAUCUCUUGACGACGUACCUCCUCUCGGGGUGAUGCAUAUAGCACAGGAUAUUAUCUCGGGGAAAUCUCACUACUGGUUUUCAUUCAAACCACAUCUGCGUGUAUUGAAUCUCAGUUACAACAACAUACCUCAGAUAUCGACUAGAGAUUUGAUAUUUAUGCAAAGUAAUAUUACAUUGGAUCUACGACAUAACAAAAUCCAACACAUUCAGCUCAACACAAAGGAGGAAACGGGGAAUUAUAAAGCAAUAAAAGGACACAUAGAAAUAUUAGUCGCUAAUAAUCCUAUAAUAUGUGACUGCAAUUUGUAUGACUUUCUUUAUUACUUGGACGAAAAAAUGCGCCCUGCUUUUCAACAAUUUGUUCAUAUAAUGCCAGAAAACUUGACGUGUAAUGGACCAGAGUGGACGAAUGGUACAAUG